GUUGAGUGGCUUAAAUUAUAUCAGGAAGAAAAGCGCUUCUUGAGGAGGCCAAAAUUAGAUCAUGUUAUUGUAAUAUUCAAGUACGAUGAAGGUACAAGAGGUUAAAGAAAGAAUACUCAGCAUUUUUUGUAGGAUGUUGAGUGUUUUUUUUAUCAUAACAGGUCCCGGAUAAGCAAAAAAAUUGAUCAUCUUUUUUAAACAAAAUUUAAAAGUUAAAUAUCUAGUUGGGAAGUGAAAUGAUAAAAACAGGAACUGAGUUAAAAGCAGAAGACAAGUGAUAAUCAAAACAAAGCAUAGGGUGCCUUUAUCAUCUACUAAAAAAUGUAUGCGAACGACAUAAAGAAAAGUCUUUGUCAAAGAGCACACAAUGGAAACCGCUAAGCUAAGAAGACCUUACAUGUUUUUUUUUAUAAAAUUUCUUUUGAAAAAUAAAAAUUUAUUCCCCAAAUCCACUUGCUUAAAAAAUAGUAAUAACUGAAAUUCUCCCCCGGACACAUUAAAACAUUUAAUAAAACAUUGCAACGUUAUAUUAUUAGUACAGACGCUUGUGAUUGUUCUAUGCUAUUAGUCGCCUAAAAGAAGAACCCCCGUUCAUAGUAGUUGCCCUCAUGUUAACAGCUGUGGUCUGGUAUCUGUAUUUUUAAUGAAAAAUAGGAGUAGCUAAUGGUGAGCGACUGGGGGGCGCCUAGCAGUAAGAAAUAACGUUAUGCAUUUCGCUUGGCAUAAUUUGAUCAGAAAAACGCUUUCUUAGAAAUAACCCCUUGUCAAGUAAAACAAUUUAUUAGUUACAGAAAAAACAAUGGCCCGAGGAUUUCGAGAAUAAUAAAAGAAAAAAAAGAUUAAUAAGAGGAAGCGAUAAAACGGGAAAUGUGUGUCACAAGACGUCACAGACCAUCAGGGUUUUCAAAGCAUUAUAUAUGCUAAUGGUCACUUAAAUAAGUUUAGAUUGACUUGUUUGGAUCAAUCUCGUUGAGGGCUUUGACGUCAUCGCCGCAAACAAUCGCUUUAAGUUAAAAACAUCUUUUUAUAGCGCCGUGAAUACUGAUGAUAUAACAUGGUUAUUAAAUUUAAAAGACAGCAUAGGAAAUACGAUAUGGAUAUUUGCCAGGGAGAGCCUUAAAGCGGUAAGGACUAGACAGGCAAAUCAAUCACCAAACAAUCAUCCUGAGACUCGCGUAUACAUCGCGUCCCCUUGACAGUGUUAGUACGCUUGUGUUUGCCGUGAGCUGCGGUGUAAUGUUAUGAAUUCUUCAAAUGGAACAUCCACUGGACACGAGACAUGUUUGGAUGAUGACUCUAGCACGGCUAAAAUCGUCCAGACAAUAGCUUACUGCGUGAUGGUGGUUCUCGCUCUUGGGGGAAACAUCCUUCUUGUCAGUGUUGUUUGGACGCAACGGAAAUUACGAACUACAACAAAUUUCCUUAUCUCAAACAUGGCGUUGAGCGAUUUACUCGUCCCGGUCCUAGCUAUGCCGAGGACUAUCGUGGAAAUCCACUACGGGUUUCGUCGCUGGCUGGUGACAGGAACUGCUGGACUUGCCCUUUGCAAGCUCGUGUACUUCUUUCAGGAUGUUUCAAUGGCCGUGUCUGUGUUAAGUCUUUCAUUCAUUACAAUCGAGAGGUUUUAUGCGGUGGUCUUCCCGCGUGUCAAGACUCCAAUUCGUGGUCGCGCGCGAGGUGUAAUUCUCUCUAUUUGGAUCUGUGCGAUGGCGAUGCAUAGCCCGUAUUUCUACACGUUCAGACUCGUUGAGUACCAGCAAAUGUCGUAUUGCGUGCUUGUAUGGCCGCACAAUGCACUUUUGGCGUCUAGAGCAUUUUUCCUCACCAUGAUAAUCAUCCUCUAUUUUAUUCCUCUGACGCUUAUUACCGUUCUCCAGUGGGUUAUAGUCCGAAGAAUUCGUAAUCAGCUUCUGCCAAAAUUCACCUCCUCUUUUCGACACCGGAAACGCGCAAAGCGGAACUCUGACAUCGUUAGGUUCACCCUAGCUGUUAUCGUUUUAUUCUUUUUGUGCUGGUCUCCGACGGUUGUUUUCUCGUUCCUGGUUUUAUUCGGACCGCCGGGGUUAUGCAUGAAGCACUUUCGAUUCACGUCGCAAUUUCUCGUCCAAUCGAACAGCGCCAUGAAUUUCUUUAUUUAUUUCAUCUACAAUGAAUCAUACAGGUCGAUUAUUCGUGAAUUGUUUUGCGAUAAAGGUAAUGUAUUUUCUAGACCACUGAGGUUAUUCUCUAGGGCUCGUAGGAUGUGCUCAUGGAACCCCUCCGAUAAUCCAUCAGCUGUCGUCAUAGACAAGGUGCGUGACACGUUGCGUGACAAUGAAUCGAAUAGAGCCAAUCAGGUGACGUUGACGAAGGCUCACAUGGCUAGUUUCGAUUCGGAUUCUAGUUUGAAAGUCACGCAAUAUCAUUCCUCUCUUCCGCGUUCCAUGAGGUCUAGUGGAAGCUCCAAUGGUCACGCAAGUCGGAGCAAUGUCACGCGAAAGGCGAAUGGCAGUGGAACCAGAGGCCAGUUGUCAGGUCACAACCAGGCUUUUGACCGAAGUGUCACGGUCAAGGAUGACGCAGUUACCACAAAUUUAAAUGACGUCACGGUAUAUGAGAACUAAAUCAUCUGUAGCAAAGAGGUAGUAGAGCCUUAAUGACGUCACGGUACAUGAAAACUACGUCACAUCUGACAAAGAGGUAGUAGAGCCUUAAUGACGUCACGGUAUAUGAAAACUACGUCACAUCUGACAAAGAGGUAGUAGAGCCUUAAUGACGUCACGGUAUAUGAAAACUACGUCACAUCUGACAAAGAGGUAGUAGAGCCUUAAUGACGUCACGGUAUAUGAAAACUACGUCACAUCUGACAGAGGUAGUAGAGCCUUAAUGACGUCACGGUAUAUGAAAACUACGUCACAUCUAACAAAGAAGUAGAAAGCCAUAAUGACGUCACGGUAUAUGAAAACUACGUCACAUCUAACAAAGAAGUAGAAAGCCAUAAUGACGUCACGAUAUAUGAAAACUACCUCACAUCUAACAAAGAGGUAGUAAAGCCUGAUUAUGUAUAUGAAAACUGCCGUCGUGUAUUUUUUUUUCUUUAAAUUCUAUUUUUUUUUUUACUUUAAUAAAAGGAUCAAUAAAAGAUAGGGAACAUCUGGAA